AUGUUCGUACACCACGACCGGGCAAGUGUAGCCUACAGCCAUGGGCACCAAACGGCUGCACCAGACCGCUCCUGUCCCCAUAAUGAUGAAGCAAGCACAGAUUCGAGUGAGACGCUAAAUGGCCAGCGUCUGAUAGAAUUCCGACUCGGCCAAGAGGCGGAGACCGAGCAGGGGCUGUCGGUGGCUGCUGCCGAGCUGAUGGUCCGCGCGGAGGCCGCGCCUAGGGCAAGAAAACUAAGAUACACGCUGUGGGCCUUCACGGUACACGGGAACUCCAGUGUUGGAGAACUGGCUGGGGAAGCCGAGAUUGGCGGUGGUAGAACCGGCUCGGGUCGAGGAUGGCAGCGUGUGGACGUGACGCCGGCGGCCCGGCGCUGGGCGGCGGCCGGCGCUACGACGCCGCUGCGCCUGUUAGUGGACUGCAGCGGGUGUGCGGGGCGCGUGCGGCUCAGGCUCGGCGGGGCCGCGGCCGCGCGACCUCUCCUCCGGCUCCGUGUCGCCGCACGCUCGCCGCGCCGCCGCCGAGCGCUGGACUGCGACGCCGCCGCUCACGGCCGCUGCUGCAGACAGACGUACUACGUGAGCUUCCGCGCGCUCGGCUGGGACGACUGGAUCGUGGCACCUGAAGGCUACUACGCCAAUUACUGCCGUGGAGCGUGCGAGCCCUACCUCAACUAUCAUUCUCAGGUGGUGGAGGCGGCCCGUCUGCAGCGCGCCGCUUGCUGCGCCCCGGUGCGCUUCUCGGCGCUGUCCCUCAUCUACUUCGGCGCCGACUCGAACAUCAUCAAGCGAGACCUGCCCGAGAUGGUGGUCGAGGAAUGCGACUGCCCCUAG